CUGUGACUGCCCAGACAACAUGAUGAGCGCGACAUUCUCCUUGGUUCUGUCACUUGUGGCCUUGUGUACAGCGCAGCAGGCUACGUUUGAAGGGUACGAGUUACUGUCCUUUGAUGUGAAAGACGCGCGUGAGGCGAACCACUUGAGAGAGCUUGGGGAACAAUAUCCCGAGCUGGACUUUUGGUUGGAGCCGGUGCCUGGUCGCAGGAGCAACGUGUUGGUCCCCCCUCCUCUACUGUCCGAGGUCAAAUCCCGGCUUGUUGUCAGAGGCUUGCCCUACCAGGUGGCCGCCGAUGACGUACAAGCGAUUGUGGACGCAGGCACAGCCCGUACCCCUGUGGACGAGGCAGAGAGGAAACGGGCCACUGGUGGUUACAUCAUAGAUCACACAAACUACCACAACUAUACACAGAUCACAGGUGACGGCAACACCUCUGACAGACCCGCCAUCGUCAUCGAGGCUGGCAUUCACGCCAGGGAGUGGAUCUCACCGGCUGCCAAUCUCUACUUUCUGGAGAAGACAAAAAUAAAAUAA